CACCGACCCUUACACGUUCUCUUUUGCUGGCUUCCUCGUCCAAGCCACGUAUCCGUCGCCUUCUAGGGCAGAAUCAAUCCGUUGCCAUGCUCUCCCUCGCUCGGAAGCUCUCCCCACAGCCAAGGAGGUUAUCUUCAUCGUCGUCAUCAUCAACGCUUUCCUUCCUCUUCCUGUCUGCUUCUCCAACCUCCUCCGAUUCGAUCCCUCCGCCGCUGCUUUCGGCUUCCUCCCCGUUCCACCGACGAAACCCUCCUCUGCCCCUUCAUCCUCUCUUCUCCCCCUUCCUCCGCCCCUUCUCCUCCUCCCAUGCCCCAUUCCCGCCUUCGCUUCCUCCCCUUUCCGCUCUCCGCGGCGGAUGCUACGCCGAAGGCGACGUCGAUGUCGACUGCCCCCCUCCUCACCUCCUCCCGCUUUGCCACGGCUGCGGCGUCCACAUGCAGUCCUCCGACCAAACCCUCCCCGGCUUCUUUUCCCUCCCCUCACCCAAGUCGCCCGACUAUCGCGCCCCCAUAGAUCGCUCCCGCCCCCUCGCCGCCGACGACACCUGCCUCUCGCUCUUCCUCAAAUCGGGUCACCUCCUUCCGGCGGAGGAUCCCGAGCCCACUGUCCCUUCUGAGCGGUCUGGCAGGCCUCUUGUCUGCGCCCGAUGCCACUCCCUCCGCCACUACGGCCGCGUCAAGAACCCCUCCGCUGAGAACCUCCUCCCGGACUUCGACUUCGACCGCAUGGUCGGACCCAAGAUGGUCUCUCCGUCCGGCCCCCGCACCGUCGUCCUCAUGGUCGUCGAUGCCGCCGAUUUCGACGGCUCCCUCCCCCGCAAGGUCGCUCGGCUGGUCUCCUCCUCCAUUGACAAGUUCUCCAGGGCCUGGAAGGAGGGGAAGCCCGGGAACGUGCCACGGGUAGUACUUGUAGUCACCAAGAUCGACCUUCUCCCUUCCUCGAUAUCACCCGACGCGUUCGAGGACUGGGUCCGGAAGAGGGCCAGCGUGUGGGGAGUCAACAAGUUGACGGGGGUGCACCUGGUGAGCGCUGUGAGGAAUUGGAGGGUGCGCGAUAUCGUUGACCAUGUGAGGGAGCUCGCAGGAGUGCGGGGCAAUGUGUGGGCAGUGGGGGCACAAAAUGCCGGUAAGUCUACAUUGAUCAACGCCAUGGGGAGAUGCGUCGGGGACAAGGUGAGCCACUUGACAGAGGCUCCGGUGCCCGGUACUACUUUGGGGAUUGUUAGAGUGGAGGGAGUUCUCAGUGGACAGGCUAAACUCUUUGACACGCCAGGUAUCCUGCAUCCUUACCAGAUCACAAUGAGGUUGACGAGGGAAGAACAGAAGCUGGUCCAUAUGAGCAAAGAGUUGCGUCCUAGGACUUACAGAAUCCAGAUCCCGGCUUCAACAUCAGAUCACUACUGGCGUCUGUUCAAUGACUCGGGGUUAUCGCCCCCCGGGUUCACCACAGGGCCCUCGACCGUGACGCUCGAGGCGUUCCUUAGCCUGAUCAAGCAAGUGCAGGCCAUGGCGGGCAUGAUGCAGACGCUCGCUCCGCUCAUUCCUCAGAUCGUGUGGCUAGCGACUCCCCCAGUCGACCCGUUCCGGUAG